UCCCCCGGGAUUCCCGGCGUCCCCGGUUCCUCUCCACAUUCCCCCACUGCCUUCCCCCUGUCUCCUCCUCCUCUUGCUCCUGCUCCUCCUGCUCUCGGGUUUGAACACCCGCUGCCCCCGGCAGAACUGCCUCCCCUCCGCCGCUCGCACAGCCCUGCCCUGCCCUGCCCUGCCCUGCCUGCCGGGCUCCGCCAGCCCCGGACCUGCGGACAGGUGAGGCAGAGCACCCAGGAUUAUGGCAACUUCUUCCACCUUUUUCUCUCCUUUCCUCUUCCUGUGCGCGCUGGUUCUUUCUGACAUCAGUCUUGCAGUUUCCCUGAACCCUGGCACAAAGCUCAGAAAUGUUCCAGAGAGCAACAACCACCUUCAAAACCAAGAGAUGUGGCUGCAGCAGCCCAAAAUUGGGCACCGCCACAAGCAUGGCCUGGCCAAGAAGGAGAGGGUCCAUGCCAUGCCUUCGAGAGGGCGACUGGCCGGGGAAGAGACCCUCAGAAUGGGCAGCGGAGCAUCAGCUGUGGAGGAGCUGGUGACAGAGGGACAGCCAGCAGCCCUGAAACAGAACAAGGAUGUGUUCCUGGGCUUUGAGUUGCCAUAUCCUGAGAGGGAGAACCAGUCCCCGGGCUCUGAGAGGGGGAAGAAGCAGAACCGGGAGCACCGGCGGAACAGCCGCAGGGACAGGCUGAAACACCACCGAGGGAAGACUCCUGAUGCUGGGCCAAGCUCCCUGUACAAGAAACCUGAAAGCUUUGAAGAACAGUUUCAGAACCUCCAGGCAGAGGAAGCUACAAGUCUGACUCCCACCGUGCUCCUCAUCACUGCCCUGGACCAAGCUGUUUCCACGGAAGAGCCUCCUGUUCUUCCAGCCACCUCACCACGGUCACAGGCCCGCCUCAGGCAAGAUGGGGAUGUGAUGCCUACCCUAGAUAUGGCACUCUUUGACUGGACAGAUUAUGAGGAUCUCAAACCAGAAAUGUGGCCAUCUGCUAAAAAGAAAGAAAAGCGCCGCAGCAAGAGCCCCAGCAGUGGAAAUGAAACUGUGACAGCUGAAGGGGAGCCAUGUGAUCACCACCUUGACUGCCUCCCAGGCUCUUGCUGUGACCUGCGUGAGCACCUCUGCAAACCCCACAAUCGAGGCCUUAACAACAAGUGUUAUGAUGACUGUAUGUGCACUGAAGGGCUCCGCUGUUACGCCAAAUUCCAUCGGAACCGAAGAGUGACCCGGAGGAAAGGGCGCUGUGUGGAGCCCGAGUCGGCCAACGGAGAGCAGGGAUCUUUCAUCAAUGUUUAGGACGGUGGGAGUCCUGCCCGGAGGGUCGGGAGCUGGGCUCAAACCGUUCAUACCUAGCAAUGGGAAUUAGAGGAAAAAGUUGAGCAAAUGACUGGAGCUGCAGGCUCUGGACAUGCCAGGUUCCAGCUGGGCUGAAACUCAUGUUAUUUAUAAAGAGAGUGGGUUCAGCCUUUUCCAUAGCAGACUGCAUUCCCCCUGCCUUCCCUCAGCACAUUCGUGCCACUGAGUUGGGUCCCCCUCUCCCAGUUGGUAAGAAAUGAUCAUUACUCCCGUUCUGAUGGUCCCAGCAGGAACAGGCUCUGCAGUUUCCUCUCUUCCUCUCAAAGGAGUUAAGAUGUGGAAGAUUCUUCAUGGCAAAGGAGAUAUGAGCUUAAACUUUACCCCUUAAUUAUUGCUUGAGAAUAAAGGCAGAUUGCCCUUAAGGAUUGGAGGUUCCUAGAGGAGAGGAAACUUGUAGCCUCCAGAUGGAAUCAAAGAUGGAAAAUGGAUCAGCAGGAACCUGGCUGUCUAGAUGAGAGAGGACCCUCUGACAGAGCUCUUGCUCUCUCCCUUUUUCACUGCUCUAGACAUAUUCCCCAGCUGUUACACACUGCCACUUCCUACCUGUCAUCUUUGGGACCAUCCAGUCCCACUCCAUCCUUCCUUCCUUUCUUGCUUCCAGAGAACCACCUGGUUUCUGCAAGGAUGUGGCAAGACAUCCCAGCCUGCAGCUCUCACUCAUUUAGUUACCCUGCCAAGUCUGUUAUUUUUAAUUAUUAUUUUUAGGAGCUUUCUGGGGAAGUGAUAGUUUUCCUAGUGAGCCAAAAAUAAAGUUUUUGGUAACAGGAGAUAGGGACAGGCUGUUCCAUUGUAGUAAAUCCUGUGACAUGUUGCAUGUGUGUUUCCAUGAUAUGUAAAUAAAGAUAUGAUAGAUAUCC